AUGGGUUCUCACGCUGCGACGCCUGACAUUGACGCUGUUCUAGACCAGCUCACGUUGAAAGAGAAGGUCUCCCUUUUAGCUGGAAAGAACUUCUGGGAGACAGUGGACAUGCCGGAGAAGGGCAUCCCCUCAGUGAAGGUAUCCGAUGGUCCCAAUGGCGCCCGAGGUGCGACCUUCAAGGGCGGCCCAGCAGCUGCUUGUUUCCCGGCAUCUUGUCUCUUAGCAGCAACAUGGGACGUGGAAGCCUCUAGGAACAUCGGAAAUGCCCUCGCAGAGGAGACUCAAUCCAAGGGAGCACGUGCACUCCUGGCUCCAACAGUCUGCCCACAUCGCCAUCCUCUCGGUGGUCGCAAUUUUGAGUCCUUCUCCGAGGAUCCGUUGCUUGCCGGUAAAAUGGCCGCGCAAUACAUCAACGGCCUGCAAGAGAAAGGUGUUGCUGCGACGAUCAAGCACUUUGCUGUGAACGAACAGGAAACCUGUCGUUUCACAGUUGAUGCUAACGUUGCUGAAAGAGCCCUUCGAGAAAUCUAUCUCAAGCCAUUUGAGAUUGCCAUUAAAGAAGCCAAUCCAAUGGCAGUCAUGACUUCAUAUAAUAUUCUCAAUGGCCAACAUGCAGAUUCAAGCAGUUUCCUUCUCAAAGAUGUCCUUCGCGGUCAGUGGGGAUGGAACGGUCUUGUUAUGAGUGAUUGGGGUGGCACGAACUCGACUUCCGGGUCCCUAGAGGCUGGUCUCGACCUUGAAAUGCCCGGCCCGAGCAAGUGGCGAACAGCCGAAGCUGUUCUUGGGGAAAUCAAGGCCGGUAGAGUCUCAGAGAAGACAAUCAGGGACCGUGCUCGCAACGUUCUCGAGUUCGUGGCCAAGCUUCGUUGUUUCGAGGAUCCUACUAUUCCAGAGGAAAAGGCCAUUAACAAGCCAGACCACCAGAAACUGAUCCGCUCAGUCGGCAGCCAAGGUUUGGUUCUUCUCAAGAAUGACAAUGAGAUUCUUCCUUUGAACAAGGAGCAGCUUUCCAACAAAAAGGUUGCUCUGUUGGGCUUUGCCAAAGAUGGUUUGAUCCACGGUGGGGGUAGUGCAUCUGUCAAUGCUCACUACCGUGUUACACCUGAGGAGGGUCUCCGUGCUGCACUCGGCGAUGCUGUUGAAUUUGAAUAUGCCCAGGGUGCCCACACAUUUCGCCAAUUGCCAGUGAUGGACAAGAUGGUUGUAGACCGUGACGGCCAGCCUGGAUGGACCUUGGACUUCUUCCUCAGUGAGGAGCCCACAGGCAGACCAUCUUCUUUAAAGCACUCUGAUGUGCCGACAUACAUGCCAAUCUUUGUCAAGGAGACUUGGGGAAGUAUCAAAGCGACGGGUCGCUUCACCCCAACGGAAAGCGGUCGUCAUUACCUUGGCAUGUCAGGAUUAGGGCGCUCCAAGAUUCUUAUCGAUGGCAAGACAGUAUAUGAACAGAAAGAAAACUGCCCUGACUCAAUGGCAUUCUUGCUGGGUGGAGUCAAGGAGCCCGAGGUCCAGUGGGACUUUGAAGCCGGGAAGACAUACGCCCUAGAGAUCAUCACUCUGAAGCCUUCCAAGAGCGGCGGUAUCGCACUGCUGGAUGGAUAUCUCGGUUUCAGAUUCGGCUUCACGACCGAAGAAGAACACAACAAGGAUCUCCUCUCGGAAGCCGUAGAAGUUGCAAAGCGCUCCGACCUUGCAAUAGUCUUCACCGGCCACACAGCAGACUGGGAAACAGAAGGUCAGGACCAAAUUAGCUUCAGCCUCCCCAGCAACGGAUCUCAGGACCGUCUUGUGACGGCCGUGAGUGCCGUAAAUUCCAACACAAUCGUGGUCAACUGCACCGGUGUAGCCGUUAGCAUGCCCUGGCUUGACGAUGUCAAGGCAGUCGUGCAAGCCUGGUUCCCCGGCCAAGAAGCCGGCAACGCCAUUGCAGACGUUCUCACCGGAGCAGUCAACCCAUCUGGUCGUCUCCCUGUCUCCUUCCCUCGCAGACUUGAAGAUGCUCCUGCUCAUGGCAAUUUCCCCGGCGAAUACAUCGACGGACAACUACAUGUUACAUACGAAGAGGGGAUCUUCAUCGGAUACAGACACUAUGAUCGGUCCGAGGAACAUCGUUCCCAGGUCCUCUUCCCAUUCGGCUAUGGUCUUUCGUACACUACGUUUACCCAUGGGAACCCGAUAGUAACAGUCUCUGAUGAUACCGAAGAGUUCAAGAUUACAAUCAAUGUUACCAACACUGGUUCGCGGGCUGGUGCAGAUGUUGUUCAGGUCUACGCUGGAGCUAAGGUUGCGUCGAGUGAGGACCCAGUCAAAGAGUUGGUUGGAUUUGCCAAGGUUCAGCUUACUCCUCAGGAGAGCAAGACUGCUACAAUCAGAUUUAAUACUCGGCAGCUGGCUCAUUUCAGUGAAAGUACCAAGAAAUGGCAACUGAAGCAAGGUGAAUAUGAAAUCACUAUCGGACGGUCUGUGCAAGAUGUUAUUGGGAAGGUUACUGUGUCUGCUACGACCCGCUCUUAUGAGCUGUGA